CACCUUUUGUUCUCCCUCAAGCUUUCUCUCUUCUCCUUGUACAUUUCUUUGUCUACUCCCUCCCAUAUCAUGAGGCCGGAUGAGUGCCCGCUGGACCUCAAUAACCUCCCUGAGGAGUAUGGUAAGCAAGCUUUGGAAGAGAGCUCCACCACCACCGCAGCCUCUACAGAAACUGCAAGGUUCAAGAAGAAGAAAAAUGGAGGAAAGGAUGAGUGUGGGAAGGUUUAUGAGUGCAGGUUUUGCUCACUUAAGUUCUGCAAAUCGCAAGCUUUGGGUGGCCAUAUGAACAGGCAUAGACAAGAGAGGGAAACUGAAACACUCAACCGAGCUCGCCAACUUGUGUACAGCAAUGAAGGACUCUCUGCUGGAGUUCACUUAGGGUUAAGAGACCUAAAUUCACUUGGAUCAUCAACACCAAUCCAAUCCACCACCUUCCCUUCGACAACCCGCAACAUCAUCAACGAUCCAUGCCUACAAUUCCGACCGUUGUAUCCUCGUCUACCAAUUCAAACCACACCCACACCCACACCCACUCUCCAUCCAUGCAUUUACCCUUCUUCCUCCUACCCUCCCCUUCCUCACCAUCCUCCCAUAAAUUGUGAUUACUACAUUGGUCAUGUCCUCCCCACCAUCUCCCCAAGCCCUCUUCACCCUCUCGAGUCUACCUACUCGUGCUUCGGAAACCUUAAUCUCCCCGUCGAUGGAGUCCGGCCGCCGAUCACGGGGCGAGAUAGUAGCCUACAAGCUAAUCAAAUGGAGGGAAUGAAUUGGAGUUGCAGAUAUGGAUUUGGGCAACAUGAUGGAGGUGAUGUUUCUAAUGAUCACAUUGAUCCUUCUUUUCCUUGA